GAUCGGUCCCAGUUGAGAUGGACACCGUAGUGGAGCCAUCUUUCAUGCGUACAGCAUCGGGAGGAGUCUUCAAAGUCCAGAGCUAUACUCCCAACGCUCCUGAUACCCUACCACCUUCUCGUAUCCAGGACCUGGUCUAUACAUCUUUCUCCUAUGAUAACAGCACGGUGACCCUCAGCUGGACUGCUGUAGGUGAUGACAUGGACCAAGGAACAGCCUACAGUUACGAACUCCGCUAUUCCACCAACUUCUCUGAGGUACGGGACAACUUCAACGAAAGUACCAGGGUCACUCAGGAUCAACUGGUAUAUGGGAACCUAUCCCAUAUCAAUCCACCAGGAGUUAUUGAGAGUGUCACUAUCACACUCCCAGAGAAGGGGGAAGAUAUCGUCUAUUACUUUGCUAUUCGGGCUUGGGAUGAGGCUGGGAACGGAGGACAGUUGUCCAACAUUGCUUCCUUGUCGAUUCGUUUCAUACCAUUAGCUGUAACUACCACAAUAGACCCUACCAUGCUUGCUACUGAUGCAGUGACAGAACUGAUUACCAACCCUGAGACCACAGAAGCCAAGGAACCUACACCAUCGGAACGAUCUGAAACAACGCUUCAACAGAACCCUGAGACCACCGAAACCGAGGAACCAACUGGACAAGAAGACCAGGCCUUAAUCAUUGGUUUGUCUUGCGCACUAGGCGCAGUAAGCAUCGUGGCAGGUGUCAGUUUAAUGUACAUCUACUAUCUGAAGCACAGUCUCACCCAGGUGAAGCCUACCACACCGCCUGAAUCAGCAUGGACACAGCAAGAUCUUCCUGAUACAGAGAUGGUACAGAAUCCUGCCUAUGAUAAUCCUACUCUAUCUACAUCUUGAUUUACAGGUGUUACCUGUCCUGUAGGACGCAUCGGAUUGCUUUUAAAGCAAACAUUAU